AUGAAUCCGAUUCAUAAAUUGAAGGUGAAAAUCCCUGGGAUGCAGGCAACCUUACUUGAGCUCCCUUUCCUAGCCGGGCAAAAGAGAGGAAAAGGGGGUGGCGGCGAGCCACCCAGAGCGCAGCCUAAGCAGCAGCUGCGUCAGGAGCAGCCAUUGGAAGGAGCUGUCUGCGGUGGGGAGUGCUGCACUGAGCAUGUUCGAGCCCAUCCUAGUCCAAGCUGCAGCAGCAGCAGCAGCCACAGCAGCAGGAGCCGCCUCUCAUUAUGCAAAGCAGCGGCUCCGGCAGAUGGAAGAGGGGCCAAACAAGAGCGCAUUUCCUUUCCUGCUGGGCAGUUUGCACAUCGGCCUGGCUUCCCCAGGAGUCUCCCCCAGACCCAGCCGGGGAAUGAAAAUCUGUGGGAUGGCCUGACUGCGGGCAGGGCGGCAUUGCAGCGGGAUUGCAACAUGGGGAACCAGGAUGGCAAACUGAAGAGGAGCGCAGGUGAUGCCUCCCUUGAAGGAGGGGGAGGUGGUGGCGGUGGUGGGGAGGAUGCUGUCGGGCCCAGGGAUGCUGAAGGAACCAAGAAGGGGAGCGGAGGCAAGAAGGCUCUGGGCAAACAUGGAAAGGGAGGAGGGGGAGGUGGCACUGGAGAGCCUGGCAAGAAGAAGAGCAAGUCAGACUCUAGAGCCUCGGUUUUUUACAACCUGCGGAUCAGGAAAAACCUAUCUAAGGGAAAGGGGAGCGUUGGUUCGCGGGAAGAUGUGCUGGACUCCCAGGCCCUGCAAACAGGGGAGCUGGACAGCGCUCACUCCUUGGUCACCAAGACCCCUGACCUCAGCCUGUCUGCUGAUGAAGUGGGCCUGUCAGAUACAGAGGGUGCAGACCCCUUCGAAGUCAGCCGUCCAAGUGCAGUAGGGCCUGCAGGGAUUGGGGUUCAAUCUGCCAUAGAAGGGGAUUUGGAAGCAGCCCCUGGGGCGCAAGAUGGACAGAGGACCAGUUCAGGCUCAGAUACAGACAUCUAUAGCUUUCAUUCGGCCACAGAGCAGGAGGACUUGCUCUCAGACAUUCAGCAAGCAAUUCGGCUCCAGCAGCAGCAGCAACAGCAACAGCAGCAGCAGCACCAGGGUGGUAUGGUCAGCUCCGGGGACAUUUCAGUGCCCCUGGACUCUGCUUCUCUUCAACCGGGGGCUUUCCUUGGCCUGGACCAUUUUCUACUGGGGCCUGUCAGUAAGUCAGGGGAAGCACCCGGGAGUCCAGACACAGAGCAAGCUUUAUCUGCCCUCUCUGACCUCCCGGACAGUUUGGCCCCUGAGCUUCCAGUGCAGGAAAAGCCAUCACCCCCUAGUGGUGUGGAUUGGGAGGUCGCUACCCCCGUGGCUACUCUGCCAUCAGCUACAGACUCUCUCUCUACUGCUUUUCCCUUCCCAGAAUCAGGGCAGGGGGACACUGCAACUGUACCAUCUGCUGGGGGAGCAGGAGACACAGAUGAUGAUGAAGAUGAUGCAUUUGAGGAUGCUCCCAGAGGCUCUCCUGGGGAGGACUGGGACAAAGGCACCCAGGAGACUCCCAAUGAGGUAGGAGAGGAGGAGGUUGAAGUGUCAGGGGUAUGUCUAACGCCUCCCCAAAUGGACAGUCCUGUCCCUAGUCCCCGCUGCUUCAAGCCUUACCCACUAAUUAAUCCUUGUUACAUCAAGACCACCACUAGACAACUUAGUUCACCCAACCACUCACCUUCUCAGUCCCCUAGCCAAAGCCCCCGUUUCGUGAGAAGGCUGGAGCCUUCUCUGAGCCGGAGUCAGAAGGCUGCUUUGGCCUCUACUGAUGCCCAGGUCAAGAAGCACAAGACAGGCAGCAGCAGCCUGGUUGGGGGACUGAGCCGCUCUGCUGACUGGACAGAGGAGGUGGAGAGGAGGGAGCCCAGAGCGGGUGGCUCAGCAGACUUGCUUGAAUGUGGGGCAGCCCAGGAAGGAGCUGAUGGAAUCCCCCCAACUCUGUCCAGAAAGUCCUCAGGAGUACAGGCUGCCACAGAGGGCUUCCAGAAUGUAUUCACAGGGCGUACUCUGUUGGAAAAGCUGUUUAGCCAGCAAGAGAAUGCACCACCAGAAGAAGCGGAGAAAUUUUGUUCUCGGAUUAUUGCGAUGGGUCUUCUACUUCCUUUCAGCGAUUGCUUCAGGGAGCAGUGUAACCAGAGUGCUCAGCAAAGCUCAGCUCCAUUUGAUCAAGAUCAACUUUAUACCUGGGCUGCAGUCAGUCAACCCACACAUUCUCUGGAUUACACAGAGGAGCAGUUUCCGAGGAGAAUCCCCCGUGUCUGGUCUCCUGCUAAGCCUCCUGAUGAAGAACAUGGGCCCAAGGAGAUUGAAGCAGAGUUUCAAGCUGUCAUUUUGGAAACACAGAAAAAGUGUUCAGAUGCUCUUCAACAGGAAACUUCUGACAUGAAAUCUGAGGAACAUGCAAAUGUAAUUCAGCAGCUGGAACAGACAAUUGAAAAUCUGAGGAGCAAAAUAGCGGAACUAGAGAAGCAGUACCCCACUACUGGCAUGGAGGAUGGAAAACAAGUGGCUGAGAGGGGAAUGGCUGAAGGUGUCUGUCACGAAGAUCUUCAAUUAAAUGAAGAAGAAAUAAGACAUGAAAGGAUGUUACAUGUAAAAUCAGUACAGACUUCACCAACAGAGGAGGGCAGUGCAUCUGUAAUGCCUUUUGCUAACACACUGCCACAGCAUCUUCCACUCACUCAGGAGGCUAUAAAUGGACAGCCAACUGUGCCAUUGACACCUUCUGGACCUCAAACAAAGUUUUGUUCAGAGAUUUCUUUGAUUGUUUCACCAAGGUUAAUAUCUGUACAGCUUGAUGCCAAUCAAUCCAUACAGUGUGUAUCACAGCCUCCACCACCUCCAUCCCUCCCAGGUUCUGAUAAUCAAGAAAAGAUUCUAACACAGCCUCCCCCAACACCUUUUAUAAAUGAAUGUGUGACCAGCCAUGAACAUUCCCUUCCCACAUCUUUUGAAAUUAGUCAUGACAUUCUACCCUCCCCUCAUGUAACUGGCAGACAACUGAAUCCUCCCCUGCCUGGUGCAGGUAUCCCACCACCACCUCCCCUGCCAGGUGUGGAUGUUCCACCUCCCCCACCUCUACCUCUUUCGCCUGGUACAGCACCUUCCAUUUCCAUAUCUGGAUCAGGCAUGAUGAUUCCUACUCCACCUCCCCUUACUGACAAGACAGUGCUACCCACUCUUAUACCUCUACCUGGCUCAGAAAUACCCCCUCCUCCACCUCUGCCUGGUGUAGGGGUUCCCCCUCCUCCUCCGCCUCUUCCUGGAGUGGGGAUCCCUCCUCCCCCACCUCUGCCUGGAGUGGGGAUCCCUCCUCCCCCGCCUCUGCCUGGAGUGGGGAUCCCUCCUCCCCCGCCUCUGCCUGGAGUGGGGAUCCCUCCUCCCCCGCCUCUGCCUGGAGUGGGGAUCCCUCCUCCCCCGCCUCUGCCUGGAGUGGGGAUCCCUCCUCCCCCGCCUCUGCCUGGAGUGGGGAUCCCUCCUCCUCCCCCUCUGCCUGGAGUGGGGAUCCCUCCUCCCCCGCCUCUGCCUGGAGUGGGGAUCCCUCCUCCCCCGCCUCUGCCUGGAGUGGGGAUCCCUCCUCCCCCGCCUCUGCCUGGAGUGGGGAUCCCUCCUCCCCCGCCUCUGUGUGGUGUGGGGGUCCCUCCACCUCCUCCACCUUUGCCUGGAGUGGGGGUCUCACUCCCUUCUGCACCCCCUCUGCCACCUGGAUCAGGUCCUCCACCUCCACCACAAGCUGGGGCCAGUACAUUGCCAAACAUUAUGCUUCCACAAGUAUCUGGAUUCCUCCCUCCUCCAUUGCCAGCUGGCUUAUUUGGAAUAGGCUUGAAUCAGGACAAAGUGAGUAGGAAACAAGCAAUAGAACCUUGUCGACCAAUGAAGCCUCUUUAUUGGACAAGAAUUCAGCUACAUAGUAAAAGAGAUUCUAGCAUUUCUCUCAUUUGGGAAAAGAUUGAAGAGCCAUCUAUAGAUUGUCAUGAGUUUGAAGAAUUAUUUUCUAAAACUGCUGUAAAAGAGAGGAAGAAACCUAUUUCUGACACCAUAACAAAGACCAAGACUAAACAAGUUGUCAAGUUAUUAAGCAACAAAAGAUCACAAGCAGUUGGAAUACUAAUGUCAAGCCUUCAUUUAGAUAUGAAAGACAUACAGCAUGCUGUUGUGAAUUUGGAUAACUCUGUGGUUGAUCUGGAGACCCUUCAAGCCCUGUAUGAAAAUAGAGCACAGACAGACGAAUUGGAAAAAAUUGAAAAGCAUGGCAGAUCAUGCAAAGAAAAAGAAAAUGCCAAGUCUUUGGACAAACCUGAACAGUUCCUUUAUGAAUUAUCACUAAUACCCAACUUUUCAGAGCGAGUCUUUUGCAUCCUAUUCCAGUCAACAUUUUCAGAAAGCAUUUGUUCUAUUCGCCGCAAACUUGAACUACUCCAGAAGUUGUGUGAGACAUUGAAAAAUGGGUCAGGGGUUAUGCAGGUUCUAGGUCUGGUUCUUGCCUUUGGUAAUUACAUGAAUGGUGGGAACAAGACUCGGGGACAGGCAGAUGGUUUUGGAUUAGACAUUCUUCCAAAGCUGAAAGAUGUCAAAAGCAGUGACAAUAGCCGGAGUCUUUUAUCGUAUAUUGUUUCAUAUUAUCUUCGAAAUUUCGAUCAGGAUGCUGGAAAAGAACAAUGUGUUUUUCCACUGCCAGAACCCCAGGACCUCUUUCAAGCCUCCCAGAUGAAGUUUGAAGACUUUCAGAAAGAUCUUCGAAAACUGAAGAAAGAUUUGAGAGCCUGUGAAACUGAAGCAGGAAAAGUUUAUCAGAUGUCCCUAGAGGAGCACAUCCAACCUUUCAAAGAAAGUAUGGAGCAUUUCAUUUUUCAAGCAAAAAUUGACCAAGAAGCCGAGGAGCAUUCAUUGACAGCGGCACAUAAAUGCUUUUUGGAAACUACAGCUUAUUUCUUCAUGAAACCAAAAAUGGGAGAGAAGGAAGUGUCCCCACAUGUUUUCUUCAGCCUCUGGCAUGAAUUCAGUUCUGACUUUAAAGAUUUCUGGAAAAAAGAGAACAAACUUAUUCUCCAAGAAAGAGUAAAAGAAGCAGAGGAAGUGUGUAGGCAGAAAAAAGAAAAAUCCUUGUAUAAAAUAAAGCCGAAACAUGACUCUGGAAUUAAAGCAAAGAUAAGCAUGAAAAUCUGAUCACCAAAAGUCAGAACAGAUAUAGCAUUGCCAUUAGAUGGACAAAGUUUAAUGUAUUUGGGGAGGGGAAGGAAACUACAUCAUUUUGAUCAUUGUUUUUUUCAUUUUGACCUAAGUGUAGUUUUUGUUUUCUUGACUGAUUUCACUGAUCAAUUCCACUGUACUGUGCACAAAUUAAAUAUAAAAAGUAAAAUAAUUAAAUUUAUUGACCCAGAAAAUAAACUACUUUUUACAUUAAAAAAA